AUGAAAAUUUGGCCAUGGGCGCGCUACGAGGCAUAUGAUGUUCUGCCGCAAGCCGGACAUCUAUCUCCUGCCUCCGAGCCACUGCCAGAAGCCACCGUAUCCCUGCGGCUGAUUCCUCAGUGGUCGUUUAGACAUAUCUACCCUGCAUCGCAACCGAAGCCACAGGAUGGUGGAGGACAAAGCAUCACCUGGAACGUCUCAGCCAGUCCGGACGGGUGGCUCGUUGAGAAGGGCUCGAACUUCGAGCUAUCCUACCUCUUCUGGGAAGCCUUCGCGCAGCGCGAGGUGAACGCCACAGCAAACUCGGCAACGGAUCGGGAACGGACCCGGGCUGUGCCGAGUACUUUGACCCCGCUAACCCCUCGCUCUCUCCCGGCUCGUCCACCGCCGUGCUCCUCCCCUUCAAGGAUCUCCUCUCGUACACAAUGUGCUCAAGAGGCUCGCAUUGCAAACGACUGCACGGAACGACUUCAUCACGUACUGGCUGCCUGCCCUGUCGAAGCAGCCGUACGUCGCGCUGCGCUUCCUCCCGCAAAGCGUGUAAGUUAUGCGCAGGCGGCUGAGCUGGAGGUGGUGCUUGCCCUGGACAUCGUGACGCGCGCCAUGAUGCUCUUCCUUGGGGUUGCUGCUGCUGAGGGUGACCGGUGGGCCGCCGCUCGUGAGCGUGUUGGGGAGGUUAAUUGGGCGAAAUUGGUUGUCAUGGACGCCGAGACAUCGCUGGAUGCGGAUCGCUUCAGGGUGCUCGAAUAG